UCUCAUCUUCCACACAUCCUACCCAAUAAGCAAGAUGGUCGCCUCCCAGAUGUUCCUCGGCACUGCCGCUGCCCUCAUCGCCUCCUCGACUGCCUUCGUCGCACCCGUGGCCGUGCGAUCUGCGGCACCAGCGUCCGCUGCUUCGGCCCUCAAGAUGAGCGCUGGGUCCGACUACGUCGCAACCCUGCCAGGGGCUCCCUUCUCGGAUGGAAAGAUUUUCGACCCUCUCAGCUUGUCGGAUGGCGCUGCCCCCGGCGACAUCAAGAAGUGGCGCGAGGCCGAGAUCAAGCACGGGCGCGUGGCCAUGCUUGCGUCCCUCGGGAUUCUUGUCGCAGAGGAGUACCACCCUCUGUUCAUGGGUAAAGAUUUCAUCGGCCCGGCCAUCAUCCACUUUCAGGAGAUCUCUGCGCAGUUCCCCGAGUUCUGGGCGUUCUCCCUCCUGGGCAUGGCCUUCAUCGAGUACAACACCAUCAUGACCGCCUUCGACACCCCUAGCGCUGUCACCGGCGAGGGCGGCCUGAAGGAGGACUAUAUCCCGGGAGACCUCGGCUUCGACCCCCUCAACCUCAAGCCCGACGGUGAGGCGGCUCUGGACGUGAUGAAGACCAAGGAGCUCAACAACGGCCGUUUGGCCAUGAUCGGCAUCGCCGGCAUGUUGGCGCAGGAGCUGGUCAACGGGCAGGACAUCCUCCCCAACUUUUUCUUCUAAAUGCGUGGGCCUCAUAGAUUUCCUGCAGACGUUUUCGUGCGUGAAUGUUUUUGGGCGGCUGCCUUUGAAUGGAGUUUCUGCUUUGAUUCGCGCAGAAGCACCGUAGUUUACCUCCGACGGUGAUAAACAAAUGCGUGUAAGAAACUGGUGGUCCUUUUAGGCUAGAGGAGAUCUUUGGCAAAACAAUAUGUUUUCGUUCCACGCCGGCUAGCGGUUCUUUCCCAGGGUCAGUUGUGUGGGCAGUUGGUCAAGGUUUCCUCUGAGGAAGGCGAGCACGCUACAAGCACUUGCGGAGUGUUUUGUACAGUUUGAGUUUUGUUAUAUAUUGCAAGUGAUUCGCUCUUGUUGUGUCGCCUGUGUGACAUCACCACAGGAGGGUGGUUGGCGUUAAAUACUCCCACACGGAGGCACCAUGAGAUUCGCGUGCUACGUUUUCAAGGUGCACAUGAUGAUUUUUUUAAUGAAAUUUUGGUGUUCAAAUUCAACACCAUUCAAAUCGAAGUGUGGGUGUGGUGCAGUAUAUCUGGUGGACAGGUGCGGUGUCUUUCAGUCCAGCGGUGUAGUCUACCGUAGGAACGUGGUGAUGCACUGCAGUAUGUCAGCGAACCCGCACGGUUUGUUGGAGAUUGCGAAUUCCCGUUUUGUCUUUGAUUCAAUGUUUGGGCAACCGUCACCCACCGCUAUUUGGCACUGGGUAUUGUAAUGGUGUUUUCUGUAUGCCCGUUUCUAUAAGUGCACACCCUCGGAUAGAGAAAGAACGACUUGUCGCAGGCAUCUCAGCUC